AUGCCCAACACGGGCCGAGUGUGCCGACGCGAGUAUCGCCGCCUGGGGGUACGUGAUGCGAAGAGAGGCGACGAUGGGCCGCGAGCCGCUCGUGGCAUCCGCUGGUUGUGUGCCGCAGGUCACCGAGGAGGAGUUCAAGAGGUUCGUCAACAAGAGGCAGCUGAAGGAGCCGCGCACGCCGACAGCCAGCACCAGCAUCAGCAGCAAGGGCAGCUUCAAGGUGAGCACAGUGCCGCGCACACACUUCCACGCAUUCAGACGCCUGCAUGCCUGUCAUUGUCUGUCUGCGUGUGUGUGUGUGUGCUCUGAUCACAGGAGUUCAACUUGUUUGACGAGGAGGACGUGAGUGCGACGCACGUGAAGCUCUCACACGCAACUGAGGAAUCGCUGCUGUAUGCGUUUGACAGGCGUUCGUGGCCCUGCCCGCCAAGACCGAGGUGCCCGACAAGGCCACCAUCAAGGUAUGCAGAGGCGUCACACACGCACACAUUGCUGGCAUGUGUGAAUCUGUGCACAGGACGUCGACGAAACUUGCGUCGUUGGCACAUAUUGAGAAUGACACACGCAUUGGCACAUUAAUACGGAUCCCCCUGGAUGGCUAUGUCAUAUGUGCAGGGCAGUGAUUGCUGUCUACGUUUUAUAUCCUGUCGACCUCUAGCUCUCUUUCCUCUGCCGCAGCAUGGGAACGACGAACCCGAUCAUCAUGCCACAGCGGUGCGGCCGCAUUGGCAUCCCGUCUGCAGAUGGCUGCUUACAUUUUGUAUUCGACGUUUGUGUCUCCAAAGCGACGACAGACAACGUAUAGACAGACUCGGGGCGAAGAGAGGUGGAGGACUGUUCUUACUGUCUCCAUGCUGAUGUCUCUUCUGGUUGCUGUGUGCAGAUCGAUCGCUGUCUACACUUUAUAUCUGUCGGCCCAUUACAGUCACAUGCCGAUGCUCGUCAUCCCGGGCGCUGCACAUCGACCGCAUCGACGGCCCGGCGGCAUCACAGGUGCGUAAGUGAGGGAGAAAAGAAGAGGCUCAUCGACAUUUACUCAUGUCUCCCCUCUUCUCCUGUUUGUCUAUGCGUAUUCAUGGCCGCUUCGGCGGCCACCGAGAGGUCUACCAAGGGCCCGCUGGCGGCCACCGAUGUCCACAGAGGCUGGCUUGGCCGUGGAUUGCCUCAGCACAUGUGCAGCGUACCGCCGUCAAGACCGUCAAGUACGGGGCCGCCAACAAAGAGAUGCUGCUGCUCCCAGGUGGGGCCACACACAGAUAGAUGGAUGGAUGGAUGGAUAUGUUGUCUUGCUCGGUGUUGUUAGGUCACUUCACGUCCAUCCAGCAGAUCGGCAACUCCCCCUCCCUGCAGGCCGACCUCACGCACCGCAUAGUCCACAACGAGACGCUGCUCGCUGUCAUUCAAAACGAGGAGGCACGUCCACCUAACACACAAUGCACACCUAUCCACCUAUGUGUGGACGUGUCUGUGACGCAGCGAAAGUUCAAUGGGACUCAGGCUGAGUUCCACGCCCGCAGCAACAACAAGUACAAGGGCAGACGCGCCAUGACAUCAUACGCACACACACACAGACAGGCAGACACGAGGUGCAUUCCCCUGUGUGUUGUCUGUGUUUAUGCAGGGGUCAGGGCCUCUCAACCACCUACCGACCCUCUUCCUCACCGAGCCAUUCAUAGCGCGGCUCUUCCAGGACAUCAACCAGCGAAGCAGAGGCAGGAACGGUGGUGUUGGUAGGGCUGUGGGUGAGGCUGGGCAGCACAUGUGUGUAAGAGAGAGAUACCUUACACACACUGUACUGUGUCGAUCGAGAGCGUUGUUGGUGCGGCGGUGCGGUUUGUGUGUGUGGCAGAGCUUUCCGGCGGUUCAGUCUCGUCACCACGAGGUAUGCAAUUGAAGAUGAGCCGUGGCACAUGAGAUCUCACCUGCCGUCCUUUCUGUGACGCAUUAGGGCCGCAGCUACCGCCACCACCACCACCACUCCGGCCGCCGCAACUUCACUCGGAUUCCUUUGGGCGAGACAGGUAGGGUGCAGGCGGUCGAGCAGUCCAGACACAUGCGUCACAUGCGCUAAUGCGUGAUGUCUCCGUGUUUGUCUGUCUCCAGGUAUGCGGUUCAGCUACUACUACGAGCAGCCGGCUGAGGAGGAGCAUACUGGUUCAACAGGUGCUUCAACUGUCGCGGGAUCGGGCACUUCCACUACGAGUGCCCCUUCCCGCGGCAGCCGCGCCGCCACCACGUCCACCCUCGCGCGCGCCGCCAGUGAGCGUGUCUGCGUCCUCUCUGGUAAUCGUAUAGCCAUCCCCGUGCAGCCCCCAGCCAGGCCCCCAUAUAUCGUCUUUCUCGCACGACCACACCAAACACACGGCUCACACAUGAGCAGAUCGACGUGCAUUCAUUCUACGUUUGUGUGUGGGUGUGUUUGCAGGUCAACGAGCCCUCUCGUGUUGGUGGUGACGGCGGCCAGGUCGAGAAUCCUCCGGCUCCUCCCGUGUUGGUACGCGCCACACACUCACUCACACACAUGGGCAGAUCGACGUCCAUUCUACGUCUGUGUGUGUGCAGGUUCGUCCAGGCUACAACGCCACCAUCAAGGGACCUAACAGCCAUGUAGGCGAACAGAAUGAGAGGCGGCGGCACAUAUACAAAACACAAUCUGAUCUGCUUGGUCCGUGUGAACAGGCGUUUCCCCUCUUCAAUCCCGCCGUCAACUUCCAGCGCGUUCGUCAUCAGGUAUGUGUGGUGGUAGCAAAGAUGAGAGUCUAAAGUGUGCAGGACAUUUCCUUUGUCAUUCCUGGUGUUGUGCAGGAUCACCACUGUCGCCAGCCGCCCUACAAGUUCAAUAAGUGCCCGCGACAGUCUGCGGCAGCCAUCGGUCAGCGAGACAGAUGCAGAGAGAACCAUUAGAACAUGAUCAUUCCUGGUUUCUGUUUGCCUGUGCAGGCUGCCGCCUGACUUACAGGGAGGAGCUGGAGGACUUCUGGAGAGGGCGGUGCUACCACUGAGAGCGAUUCGGCCACCACGCGAACCACUGCUGGCAUCCCCCGGUUCCGCCCCACCUCCGCCACCCCCGGCCCCCCGCCCGCUUUGGCAACUGACAUCAUCAUGGGUCAACAAGACGGUAAGCGAAGACGUACGUACUAACCCGACCAACGUCAUCUUGUGCAACAGCGUACGCGUUCUCUUCUCUCGGUGGCUGGGUGGUGUGCAGAUCGCUGGUUACAUUCUAUAUUCGAUCGACUGAUGACAA